UUGUACGUAUGGAAAUGGUUCCAACUCACUGCAAGUUCUCCAAGUUCUUCAGUCAGUUCCUGGUAACCAAGGCAUGUGUGCCUAUGUAGAAAUAGGAACGUUAAAACCCGCCAAUUUCUGCCAAAAAUAAUCUGAGCAAGAAUAAAAAGUGAUAAUUUAUCUCCUCACAAAAAAUGGGGCGCACCAGGAAAAAACCAAAACGGGCAACUUGCAAAAUCUGCAAAAAAAGUAUUGCAACAAAGCAUAGUUUAAUAUAUCACAUUCGUUCCUUUCACACGGGAAUCAAGCCACAUAAAUGUUCACACUGUGGGAAAGCAUUCGUCACACCGACGCAACUGAGGAGGCACAAGUUGCUUAUCCAUUCAAAAACCCCGCCAUCUUUUGUUUGCAAAGAGUGCGGAAAAAGUUGCAAACUCGAAUUCAAUUUGAAACGGCAUAUUAAAAAAAUACAUCUCUUAAUAAAAAAUCCUAUCGUUCCAUGCUACUUUUGCAAGACGGGAUUUCGCAGCAGCAACAGCUUUAAUUACCACCUUCUCAAGCACACUCGAGAACUCCCGUACAGUUGCCCCAUCUGCCGGGAAGGCUUCCGGGCUGAGCAGUAUUACAAACUUCACUUGAAAGAUGUCGACGGGAAAGAGUACGUUUGCCCGAAAUGUCCACCAAAUGAGGAGAAAUUUUGCGGAAUGCGACGACUCCAGUCUCACCUAAGGUUAAAGGCAAUUCACGAACCACCUAAACCCCCUCGGAAACCCAAGGUUCCAGGCUGGCAACAAAUUAAAUUUCCACUCUGUCAAAAGCCUAAAAUGCAAAAAACCAAGGCGCCACCCAAGAUCAAGGCGAAACCAUUCAAUUAUCAGACUGCGAAGACUGUCCCAUGCUAUUUUUGUCACGAAAAGCAUUCCAAAUCUAAAAUUACCUCCCACAUGCGGACACACACCCUGGAAAAAUUAUACUACUGCAAAAUCUGCCUGAACAAGUCGCCAAAAUCAAAAUACGCGUCACAAUAUUAUUUACGAAAGUACAAACUGUAUCAACACAUCAGACGCCAUUUGAACGAGCGUCCAUGCAAAUGCAACGUUUGUCCGAAAUGGUUCAUAACCAUUUCCAAUUUAAAAACGCAUGAACGCUGUCGUCACCAAAUGCAUAAAAGGAGCGGAACAGUUUGUGAGAGGUGUGACGUGCUUAUUUUAAAUAAACACUUUCCCGCUCAUUUCGCAAUGCAUAAAAUGGAAGAACCCUACUCGUGUGCGUGUUGUUACAAAACGUUUAAAACGAAGAACGAUAUGAAAAUCCAUAGAGUCGAAGAUCAUGAAAAUCAAGAGGGAAUCAUUUGUCCCGUACAAUGUCGCGAAUUUAUCAAACCCUCCGAAUUUGAGGCCCAUUUGGCAUCUCAUGAUCCAAAACCAUUCACCUGCUAUUUCUGUGCUGCAACGUUUAUAACCUCCGGAAACUUGCGGAACCACAUUCACCUCCACUUUUUAGAGAGACCGCUUCCCUGUUCAACCUGCAGCGCGGAAUUUGUAACCAAGCGAUCCCUAGAGAAACACGUAACUCGGACUCACCCUUUCCAAGGACGGGUUAAGCAUCCUUGCAACAUUUGUCGUAAAACGUUUUUGUCCGUCGAUUCCUUAACUACACAUUUGGCGAAGGGUCACGCCCCAAAGAAAAUCUGGAAUUGUAUCCAAUGUGAAAAAGGGUUUAGCAACAAUACCCAACUGAGGAUCCAUCUAAUUCAGCACGCCGGCAAAAAACCGUUGUCCUGCUAUUUCUGCGGAAAAGGGUUAAUUCAGCAGCGAAACUUGGAAGCUCACUUAACCAAACAUACGACCGAGGUGCCUUUUCAGUGUGAAAAAUGUGGAGCAAGGUGCCAUUGGAAAAUAUCGCUACAAAGGCAUGAAAAAGAAUUUUGUCCUAAUUGAGGACAUUCGAUAAAUAAGUAUUCCUUUAAUUUAAUUUUCAUUUUCGAUAGCAAAAUUUUAAUUUAGAAUUGUAUUUUAUUUCGUAUUUUUCUGUUAUUUAAUUUCAUCUUAAAAGGGAGUCAUGAAAUGUGCAUUCGAAACAUUUUGACGAAUUACGAAGUAAAAGAAGUUGUGUGACUUAAUUUGUGUGGGAACACAUGUUCGUAAAUAAAUUGUUUGAAAUACACA